UCAGGAUGGCGAGCAGGAGGAAGUCCACCACCCCGUGCAUGGUCCCCCCCCGAGAAGCCGUGGACUCGGACCAGGAGAUGGAGGACGUCACCGCCGACCCGGCCAACCCGGAGGACGUUAGCGUCUCCGAGUUCGCCGGCGGUCCGCCGGUGGAGCCGGGCGAGGACGCGGACCACCGGUCAUUGGUGUCGGACCACUACCUGGACUCCAACAUGGCAGAGGGAGGCUACGAGUGCAAGUACUGCAGCUUCCAGACGUCGGAGCUGAACCUGUUCACCAUGCACGUGGACGCGGAGCAUCCGGAUGUCGUCACCAACACCUCGUACGUCUGCAUGGAGUGUGACUACCACACUAAGAGCUACGACACCCUGCUGGCCCACAACGCUCGCCUCCACCCGGGCGAGGACAACUUCACCCGCACGAUGGUGAAGCGGCACAACGAGACCGUCUUCCAGCAGACAAUCAAUGACCUCACCUUCGACGGCAGCUUCGUCAAAGUGGAGGACGACGAGGGAGCGGAGGAGACGUCCCGCAAGAGCAUCGCCCUCAGCAAGACGCCCAUCAUGAGGAUCAGGAGCCGGGCGGAGCCCAAGAAGUUCGCCGCCAUGCACAAGAUGGCCGUCGACGACGUCAUCAAGGUGGAGAGCGAUGAGGACGACGAGGAGCCGCCCGCGCUGUCUCCCGCCCCGAUGGCCGCUGCCGUCACGCCGCGCCUCAUUCCCGUCUCCACGCCGCUGCAGCUCCACGCCGUCCCGCAGAGCAUCGUGGUCAGCAGCUCCAACCUGCUGCAGUUCAAAGGGGGCUCCGGCGGCGGCGUGUUGCCCCCCGGGACGCUGGCUCAGGUGCUGUCGGCGCUGCAGAACCAGCAGAACUGCAGUCAGACGCAGACGCAGCUCCUCAUCCCCAUCAGCAGCAUCCCGACAUACAACACGGCCAUGGACAACAACGUCCUGCUGGUCAGCGCCUACAACAGGUUUCCGUACCCGUCGGUGUCAGAGAUCAUGGGUUUGUCUUCACAGACGAAGUUCAGCGAGGAGCAGAUCAAAGUCUGGUUUUCUGCUCAGAGGCUGAAACACGGAGUCAGCUGGACGCCGGAGGAGGUGGAGGAGGCGAGGAGGAAGAAGUUCAACGGCACCGUGCAGACCGUCCCUCAAACCAUCACCGUCAUCCCCGCCAACAUCGCCGCUGCCGCUAACGGCCUGCAGUCCAUCUUCCAGACCUGCCAGAUCGUCGGCCAGUCGGGACUCGUCCUCACGCAGGUCUCCGGCAAUGGAAGCGCCGUGCCGGUGGCCUCCCCGAUCACCCUGACGGUCACGGGCGUCCCCGGCAAUCAGCCCAAAGCCGCCGAACCGUCCGCGACGGAAUCGAAGACGGAAAUGUCGGCCGGUGCUCUGGACGCUUCUUCGGCGGGGGCCAAACCGAAGAAGUCGAAGGAGCAGCUGGCGGAGCUGAAGGCAAGCUACGGCCGCCGGCAGUUCGCCACCGAGGCGGAGAUAUCGCGACUCAUGCAGGUCACCAAACUCUCCAAGCGAGCGAUAAAGAAGUGGUUCAGCGACACGCGGUACAACCAAAGGAACUCCAAGGAUCACCACGGUGUCCUGCUGAGUGAAGCCCCGCCCGCCAAAGCGCCGGGAGGAGGAGGACGAGGAGGGAGGAGCAGCGGUGGCGGCAGCCUUAACGACAGCAACAACAGCGACAACAACAACGCCGGCGCUGCCGCCACCAUCGUCAUCGACUCCAGCGACGACGCCGGCGAUUGCUCGCCGACUUCCGCCAACGCCCCUCCGUCCGGUUCCGCCAAUGCCCCUCCGUCCGGUUCCGCCAGCGACCCGCGGGUCAAAUUCCGCCACGCCUUCCCCGACUUCACGCCGCAGAAGUUCAAGGAGAAGACCCCGGAGCAGCUGCUCAUCUUGGAGGCCAGCUUCCAGACAUUGGACACACCCCCGGACGAGGAGCUGAGCCGGCUGCGCACGGCGACGAAGCUGACGCGGCGCGAGGUGGACGCCUGGUUCACCGAGAGGCGGAAAAUGCCCUCGAAGGAGGAAGAGGAGGAGGAGGAAGAAGACGACGACGAGGAGGGGAAGCCGGCAGCCGGGGCUUCGUCCACGCCGCCCUCCAGCAGGAAGUUGGUGAAGAAGACGCCGGAGCAGCUCCACAUCCUGAAGAAGGCCUUCGUCCGCACACAGUGGCCCACGUCGGAGGAGUACGACCAGAUGGCGGAGGACAGCGGUCUGCCGAGGACGUACAUCGUCAACUGGUUCGGAGACACGCGCUACGCCUGCAAGAACAGCAACCUGAAGUGGUACUACCUCUACCAGAGUGGGAAGGUGGACGAGGCGCUGAACGGCGGAGUUAAGACCCAGAAGAAGUCCAGGAAGCGUUUCCGCGGUUGGUCCAGGAGGACGCGCCGGCCGUAUCCCUGCAAACGCUCGCCACAGGGGGGCGCCACCCCGAUCAAGGUGAAGUCCGGUAAGUCGUUCCUGAAGGACUACUACCUCAAACACCGAGCCCUGAGUGAGAAAGACCUGGACGACCUGGUGACGAAGUCCAGCAUGAGCUACGAGCAGGUGAGGGACUGGUUCUCCGAGACUGCCAGGAAUGUGGUGGAGGGCAGGGAGCCCUUCAGCGACGAGGAGGGAGAGGAAGAGGAAGAGGAGGAGGACGAAGAGGAGGAGGAGGAGGAGGAGGAGGAGGAAGAAGAAGAGGAGGAAGAAGAAGAGGAGGAGGAGGAGGAGGAGGCUGAAGCAGAAUGUGCAGACAGCGAAGGAGAGAUGGAGGUGAAAGAACAAGGAGAAGAAGCCACUGAUGACGACUGCAAUGAGGAAGAGGAGGAGGAGGAGGAGAAGAAGGAGGAGGAGGAGGAAGCCGAGGUGAAGGAUGAAGGUGAAGCGAUCAAGGAGGAGUCUAAAGGUGUCAGCCAAUCACAGCCCCAGGCAGAGGAGCAGACAUGAGAGCAUCCACCGUGGAGACGACGCGUGUCAGUGUUUCUCAGCUGAUGGUUCUGGACCCAAAGAUGGCCGCAGGAAGCUCAGACAGGGUCACAGCUCGGCUGGAGGACAAGUUAACUAGCGGGACAGGUUUGUGCUUUGGGCCCCGAUGCAGCUGAGAAGCACUGAGCGGACUUUAAGGACAAAGCUCCAGGAUGUAGUUCCUUCUUGCUGAUGAACUGUGGGGACCAAUCAAACACGCGGGACGACUCGCCAAACGUCACUGCGAGCGAGUAAGUUUCCAAUCCUGCUCCUGUACAAACAACGAGGCUUUUAUUUUGGUUGGGGGGGGGGGGGGGGGGGCUUUUGUCAUUUUUCGUACUAAAAAAAGAAAAGAGUUUUUAAAGUGAGAGGUGAGACCUCGCAUGGUUUACUCAAUAAUACAGAACUUUUUUCAGAAUAAUGGACCAUUUUCUUGAGUGAACGUCCUCUAAACAAAGAGAACAUUUUGUUCUGAAAGAAGAAAGUUUUUGUGAAUAGACGACUCAAAUUAGUGCCAUUCUGUUUAUUAAUCAACAGAAAUCCGCCGGAUUGAAUUCAACGUCCGUGUUUUUACUUCUUUGUAUUUUUUUUCCUUUUUUUAAAAGUCUUAACGACGUAUAAAUAAAACGGGGACUGAAUCUACUUUCAUUAUGCUAUUAUGAGUUCUGUUGAAUACGGUGAUAAUUUGGGUCCAUUCAGUUUCAACGACAUCAUUUCAGUUUAUGAAUUUACCUCCAAACACGAAUCACUGAAGUAAAACAAGAGACAGCAACUCCUUCAAGGGAAACAUCCACCAAAAAACUCUGCUUUACAUAUCAGACUUAACUUAUCCCACAAUGCACCUGGAAAGGUAGUGUCAUUAAAGCAACACACUUCAACUAGAGACAAUAAAUACAUUUUAUGGCCAAAGAGUCUCAAAAACAAAAUAAAGUUAUAUUAGUUUAUGUGAACAGCGUGGUAGAUUAUAUCGAUGUGCUGAUCAGACUUACUACAGUUUAUUAGGUACACCGAGCUAAAGCUAAUGCUAACAGUCCGAAUGUGUUAAACUGAGGUGUCUCUAUUGUUUUGUCCACCUCGUUGAUAUCGAAAUAAACUCAAACUGUUGGAUCAACACAAACUGAGGAUUUAUAUCACACUGAAUUCAUUAUCUUUGCGCUUUUUAUCACUUUAAUGGUCAAAAUAAUGAAUCAACGCUUGUAAAUAGUAUUUAGUGUCUUCUUCUGUGGUUUGACCAACAGUCUAGAAACUCAUUAACAUUUUACAUUUAUAUUUAUUAUGUGAAAUAAAUAAAAACUCUGAGCUCUGGGACGUUAUUACGACUGUUUAUCACUAUUUUCUGACAUUUUGUUGACAAAUUAAUAAAUCAAGGAAAUAUUUUAAAUAACAUCUUGUGUGUUUUUGUUGCCGACCAACAGUCGAAAAACCCAAAAUAUUCAAUUCAUGACGUAAAAUAAAUAAAACAAAUCAAUCACGACUGUUUCUUCUCCAGAUGUCGUUGAAGGAAACAACUUCAUUAAACUCAGAUUUUCAACUAUGAGCCUCAAACUUUCACGGUUUUCAAACUCGUGUAUUUUUGGACUGAAAACAACCAGUUCAGAGGCAUUCUGGGAAAUGUAGGAAAUCUGGUGGAAAUGGAGUCUGCAGUUGUGAACUACAAAAUAAACAAGUGUUUUUAAGGUGGAUUUUUCCUUUGAGCUCUGAUUAAAUAAAACAAAGAUGGCGGAGGAUGUUACCGACUGAACUUCAGUCGUUUUAAGCCACAAACCCAAAUCAUUUCUUAUUUGUCUUUUUAAAAACAAGAAGCAGAUUUAUUGACUUGAAAGGGAGACGAACCCAAAUACUGUUUGUGUGUCCUUGUCCAAAAAGAGAAAAUACAGAAACUAAAGGCAUGUGUGCUCUACUUCAGGAAACAGGCAACUUUACCUCAGUCAGUUAAGCUACAAACAUUUACACUUUAAUCAAUACUGUAUGCAUGACCAUACGAGUACACAAUGAUAGUUAUGUCUUUCAUGCGUCUGGGGUUGUUUUUGUCUUCGCCACCAAAGUUUAAAAAAACAACAAAAAAACACUUUAAAAAGACAGAAGACGACGUUUUUCGUGCAUUUAUUUGCUCAGAUACGGGUGAACUGAAAAACAAUAUCGUUCAGGUUUUCCACAAGAAUUACAGAAGAUAUUUUAGGGACGAGAACCAACGAGCUCUCGGUUUUUAACUUUUCAUAUGUCGGGUUAAAGAUUAAAAAGAAGAAAUACGUUUUUGUUCAGCUUCUCUCGUAGACUCGUUAGAUAUGCAAACAGAACAAUCAUCGUCACACGAGCUCUGUAACUUUAAACCGCUUCAAUAGACAAAUGUUUUAGGUUAUUUAUUUAUUAUAUCUGGACUUUCAUGGAUUUCUUUCUCUCUUUUUGUCUGCAAGCAAAAAAUAAAAGUUUCAAAAGCAGUCGUGACUCAGAUGUUUUUAUUGCUCCUUUAAUCUGUACAGAGUGACGUAGAGGUUGCGGGUUCGAGUCUGGACUGAUUCACAUGUUGGAUGUCAGUGAUAAUUAUUAACAUCGUUUAUUUCUGUUGGUCUGAAAGACAGAAGAAGAAACGGAGUGAAGACGCUGCUCUGACUUUAUACAUCUGUUUGGUUAAAAUGUGAUUUAAGAUGAAACAUUUCAAAAGACGGACGCGUUAAAUGAACCAAAGACGACUGAAA